UCUCGACCAGAGUCGCCGCGGUUUCCUGCUUCAACAGUGCUUGAACGGAACCCGGCGCUCGACCCCUCCGACCCCAGCCGGCCGCUCCGGGACAGAACCCUUUGCAACCUCUUCGCUCAGCCGCUCCAGCGUCGCCACCGCGCCCGCCGCCGCCAUGACCAGCACCGCCCUGACCACCGCGUCUCCCUCGCAAGUGCGCCAGAACUACCACCAGGACUCGGAGGCUGCCAUCAACCGCCAGAUCAACCUGGAACUGUACGCCUCCUACGUCUAUCUGUCUAUGUCUUGCUACUUCGACCGGGAUGAUGUGGCUCUGAAGAACUUUGCCAAAUACUUUCUCCACCAGUCUCAUGAGGAGAGGGAACACGCCGAGAAACUGAUGAAGCUGCAGAACCAGCGAGGCGGCCGAAUCUUCCUGCAGGACAUCAAGAAACCAGACCGUGAUGACUGGGAGAGUGGGCUGAACGCAAUGGAGUGUGCACUGCACUUGGAAAAGAGUGUGAAUCAGUCACUACUGGAACUGCACAAACUGGCUACUGACAAAAAUGACCCCCACUUGUGUGACUUCAUUGAGACACAUUACCUGAAUGAGCAGGUGAAGUCCAUCAAAGAACUGGGUGACCACGUGACCAACUUGCGCAAGAUGGGAGCCCCUGAAUCUGGCAUGGCAGAAUAUCUCUUUGACAAGCACACCCUGGGACACAGUGAGAGCUAAGCUGACUUCCCCAAAGCCAACGGUGAUCUCACUGGUCCAUGAGGCAGUGCUUGCAUGUUGGGCUGCCAUUACCUUUUCUAUAAGUCUCGCACCAAAACAUCUGCUUAAGUUCUUUAAUUUGUACCAUUUCUUCAAAUAAAGAUUUUGGUACCUAGCUGUUGUUGUCUUUGA